AGUAAUUUCUUUGAACGCGCCAGCUGAUGGGAGUCAGCUCGGGUCACCCAGCAGUCACCCAGCGGCAGCAGCAGCGGUCUCCAUUUUAACUUCGACACCGAGCCAUACCUCACGUGUCCUGGGCUGUCUCUCUCACAUGACCCGAGUGUUUGUUCCCGUGAUCAGCACUUCCAUCUCCGUCUGUGACACCGAAUAUCACUUUUUAUUAUAACCCUGAUGGAUAUGCUUGAACAGAGUCUGGACAGCGCAAGCCAAGAAAAGCAAGAAGAAGAGGUUGUCCAGACAUCUGAAGACGGAACAGGAGAAGAGCAGACAGCUGUUACAAUAGCCAGUGUUCAGCAGGCUGCAGCAUUUGGUGACCACAACAUACAAUAUCAGUUCCGCACUGAGGGUGGUCAGGUGACGUACCGUGUUGUUCAGGUGACUGACCACCAGCACCUCGAGGGAAGAGACGAUGGGGGAGGAGCGGUGAGUGUCGUCUCUACAGCCGCCUUCACUGGGGCUCCUCAGGCUGUGGCUCAGGCUGUGAUUCCAAACCCUUUCAGUAAUGGAGGAAGCCCAGCAGGAGAGGCGGUGGGAGGGGAGACGCGCUUCGCUUACUUCCCCGCAACUGCGGUGAGCGACGGAACUGUGUCUGUGCAGGCUGCCGCAGACCCAACACUAACACAGGCAGGGGGUCAGUUUUAUGUGAUGAUGACCCCCCCUGAUGUCAUUCAGACAGGCACCCAGCGAACCAUCGCCCCACGCACACAGUCCUACCCUGCAGAUGAAAACGAGCUGCUGCAGCAUGAAGGUUUAAACUGGAAAAUGGAUGGGCCGCGAACGCCGAGAGAUGAAAGGAGAAGAGCACAACAUAAUGAAGUUGAAAGGCGGCGAAGAGACAAGAUCAACAACUGGAUUGUCACGCUCUCCAAGAUCAUCCCAGACUGUAAUAUGGACAGCACCAAGACUGGAGCAAGCAAAGGAGGCAUCCUGUCGAAAGCUUGUGACUACAUCCGCGAGCUGAGGCAAAGCAACCAGCGGCUGCAGGAGAGUCUGAAGGAAGUGGAGAGGAUACAAGUGGACAAUGAGUUGUGCAGGCAGCAGAUUGAAGAGCUGAAGAAUGAGAAUGCUUUGCUCCGCGCGCAACUCCAGCAGCACGGCAUUGAGAUGGUUGGAGAGACACCGCCGCAGUGAAGCAGAGACAGAAAGAACAGGGAGUGGCACCCCCACUCAGACAUACAACCGACACGUUGGAAAAGAAGGCGAGAUGAUGGAGGAGUUGUGAAGAAUCACUUUAUUUUUUAGUGAAUGCAUCCUUCCCUGAGCUCCCAGGUGGCAAACCCCUUAACUGGCUAAAUUGUGGCUGUACUUGACUGUUUGAAUCCUAUUGAGAUAACUACCCGUUACAACUCAGUAGAAAUGUGCUCCAAGGAAAGCUGCCCUCUCAACCACCAUCCGAGUGCUUUACCAGCACUAUGAAAGAGAACCUCACCUGAACUCAUCCCUUAUUUUGUAUUUAUGUAGCCUCACUCAUGGACUAUGAUGUUUGUCAUUUAAUUUUGUUCCGUGUCAGUGAAUUUAUCUCCCCCCCCCCCAAAUUAUUGAUUUGGACUUAGUUUGUGCUUUCAUUCUGUUGUGUUUUUGAGUUCUGUAUUAAUAUGUUGUUUUUAGCUGCUUUAAUUUAUUAGUCCGCUUGCUGACCCAAGCCUUGCUGGAGACCAGUUACAUUGAAGUUCAUGCACCCCAUUGAACCAGAUUGGAUUUUAAGUGAGAAAACAGGAAAGUAUGCAAACCAUUGUGAUUCUACGGACAGAAAUAAUGUUAAACACGCAGCCUACCUGUACCCAAAGACAAACAAGGAGCUGUGCUGGCCGAUGCUUCUGAGCUGAUUUAUGUAAAUAGGAUUUCUCGUGUGUUAAUACAGAUGUUACAGAAUGUUAGAGCAGAUUAUCUCUGGGAGUAAACAAUCAAUAACUCAUUAAAUUCAUGCUGACCCUUUGUCAUAAUAAUUACCACGAAGUGUGUGCAAUCUUGGAGCUUCAUUUGAAAGAAAUAGUGGUAUACUUGAAUUUGUUGGGCAUUUGCUUAACGAGAAAAAUAACUCCAAAGUAAAAAAAAAUCACUUGUGAGGUUCCGACUGUUCAAAUGCUAUUUAAUUGCAAAUUGAAAUACAAGUAUGGAACAUGAAGACUAUUAAGAACCCCAGCGCGCUGGAUUGUGGACUGGAGAGGGGCGCGGUGCAAAUUCCAACUUUUGCCAAACUAUACAUAGAUACUGUGGUUUUUAUUUUCAUUUUUUGUUCAUGUGUGAUUUAUCGGUGUCUCAAUAUGUGUAACAAUAAUCCCCACGUGUUUCAUUUCAAGGUGUUUGCUCUAUUUUGGUAUUGCAACACUUCAAAUGCAGCUCAUCGCACAAGGGAGGAGGCACCCUGGAGAGCGGCACUCGAGACUCUGCUCACUAUGGAAAAGCAGUACACGGAAAUUCUGUGUCGCACUUUUUAGUUGAGCACAACUCCGUUCUCCACGAAAUGAAGGAAUAGUUUGGAAGUAGGAAAACUUGGAAAUGCUCACGUUUCUCCAACCACUCAGGCAAAUAAUACGCGCUAAAGUACGCUGUAAUGGUUGUACAAACAGAAAAAAAAAGCCAAUAUUAACAUUGUUGAUGAUUUUGUGAAUGAGUCUACAUGGUGUAUUUUUGUUCUGCUCUGAGCCAUGUGAGUGAAAGUAGAAGAGAGAUAUCAAGCUUCGGAGCCACUUAUUAGAGCACGAUUGCUCCUCCUUGUGUCAACAGCUCAGGAUCCAGCAAAGCAAAACCAACACUCAGACCCCUGGCAAAAUCACAUUUUAAUAUCUCAGACUCUGCAAGUUAACAGCUUGUGCUUUGGAAGUGCUGUUCUGCUACUACUGCUAGAUUCAAACCUGAAAAUGGAUAGUGCAAGCGUCUGAUCUAUCAAACAAGGCUCCUAGCCAAAGUUGAAUGAUAGAUGUUUUGCAGUAGAAUUUUUUUUCUUUUUUACACCUCAGUGAGAGCAGAGCAGAGAAUAUGAAUGUGAUUACAUGAAUAAUGCUUUGGAAGAUGGAUGUUCUCAAAUGAAAGGUCACUUGUGGCAAAUUUUUUUUUGCGUUUCUUAUUUGAAAUGGCAAAAGAAAGAAGACGGAAAAAAAAGCCUCUUUUUCUCUGUAGCGGCCUCACUGUUCUCAGGUUAGAUUUUAAGACAUCUUUUCUAAGAAAAUGGUGGAAAAUAAAACUUUUACUAGCUAAUAACCUU